UCAUUGGUUUGGUACUUUAGGUAAGCCCAUACAAAAAAAUGUUAGGCACGUGCGGUGACAAUGAGGCGUGUGAAGAUCGGAAUCUUCUGGACCGUAUUGGAUAGUAAUUUACUCGUAUCGUAUGAACUUUCUUGCGCGGUAACUUUGAUCGUCGUUUUCUUCGUUUCCAAGAUCUUUCGUUAGCGCAAGAAAAGGUACAAAGGAAUUCUCAAUUUUGGGCGUUUAGGGUUCCAAUCAGCUUCAUCCUUCCAAAAUGUCUUCUCCUGGCGAGUUUUACAAGUCACUCCCACCCAUUAGUAAGGCUUAUGGGACUUUGUGUUUUUUGGCAACCCUGGGCGCUCAAUUGCAACUUUAUGACAAAAGAAGUAUUGCAUUAGAUUAUGGUUCUAUCUUCUAUGAUUAUCAGGUGUGGAGGUUAAUUACGAACUUAUUUUUCCUUGGCGGAUUUUCUAUUAAUUUUGGGAUCCGUCUUCUCAUGAUAGCAAGAUAUGGAGUUCAACUAGAAAAGGGUCCAUUUGAUCGGAGGACAGCAGAUUUCUUGUGGAUGAUGAUAUUUGGAGCGUUAACAUUACUGGUUUUGUCUCUCAUUCCUGGAUUUUGGACCCCUUUCUUAGGGGUGUCUCUUGUAUUCAUGCUUGUUUAUGUGUGGAGUCGAGAAUUUCCAAAUGCCAUUAUCAACAUCUAUGGACUUGUGACACUCAAGGCAUUUUAUCUACCAUGGGCCAUGCUUGCUUUGGAUGUAAUCUUUGGUUCUGGAAUUAUGCCAGAUCUGCUUGGAAUCAUUGCUGGGCAUCUGUAUUACUUUCUGACUGUGCUACAUCCACUAGCUGGUGGAAAGAACGUAUUGAAGACACCAAUAUGGGUAAAUAGACUGGUGGCAAGAUGGAGAAUAGGAGCUCAACCGAUUGUCCGUGCCCGAACUCAAGCCGAACCAGAAAGGAGUACAAGUGGGGCUUUUAGGGGAAGGUCCUAUAGGCUUAGUGAUUAAUUUUGAUGACCAAAAAGAGAUUUUUUGGUAUUUUGAAACAUUUUUCAGUCAUUUUUGUGGAUGAUGCAACUAACAAGCAACUUGGUGGCUAAGGAAGUAGAAAAGCUCUUUAAUAUUUUUUUAGUUUUUCUCAGAACAUUUUGUAUUUUGUUCAAUCAUACACUUCCAAUAAUAAUUGAAUUGUAAAGAGUCUUCUUUAAGAUAUAUAUCUCUUAGUUUGUUUCAA